AUGUCAGGAUUACCAGUUCAAGUCAAAAGAAUUUUGAGUGAAAUCGAUAAGAACACUAGUGGACUUUCCAUUUUGACCCAGUUUGAAAGACAAACCGGCUUUCCAAGAUCAUAUGCGGUCUUGGGUUUUGUUGGUGUCUACUUCCUUAUGAUAUUCUUAAACUUUGGUGGUGUUGGCCAAUUGUUGUCAAACAUUGCCGGCUUUAUUGUUCCCGGUUACUAUUCAAUCUUGGCGUUGCAAACUGCAACUUCGAAAGACGAUACUCAAAUCUUGACUUAUUGGGUUGUUUUUGCAUUCUUGAAUGUGAUUGAAUUCUGGUCAAAAGCAAUCUUGUACUGGAUCCCAUUCUACUACUUGUUCAAGACCAUUUUCUUGUUGUACAUUGGCCUUCCAUAUACUGGAGGUGCUGAAAUCAUCUACAAGACUGUGAUCAAACCAGUUUCUGACCAAUACGUUCGCCCAAUUGACUCCAAGAUUGGAUCCAAUAUUGGCUCAAGUGCCAGCUCCAUUUCUGGCUCAGGCUCAGGCUCGGGUUCAGGUUUCGGUCACACCAAUUUUGGUGACAGAAGCCACGAGAAUUUUGCUGACAGAGUUCAAAACACCGCUGAAGGCGUUUCCACAUCUGUCCACAUCUAA